CAAGCACCGGGCAGUGUUUACCUAUCAAUUGCGUCAAAGGCCGGUAUGCCUAUAGCAGCAGCGUAGAGCAGAUUGAAUUGAGCUCUAACGAGAAGCAAAAGAAAAAUCGAUCACGGGUAGAUCGACUGUUAAAUCGUACUUCGGUCCGAAAGUCCGAAGUCCUCGGGCAGAAUAGAAAAGAUUUGCCGGCCGAAUGCGACGGACGAGAGAGGUGAACUACAGGGGAAUCAUACGGAGAGAGACGCUUGUGACGGCUGGACGCGUGGUGUUCACGUUGUCCGUUGACGACUGACGAUAGCAAGCCUUCUGCGGGUCGGAAGGCUGACGGUGUGUGAUACAAGACUGUUCCAUGUUAGGCACGGGACCGGUGCAAGUCAUUCCGGAGCGUUGGGGCUGGACCCUAAACAUGCGGGGCCUACCCAGAAGUGGGGGGUGGUGCUCCGCCUAUUUUAUAGAACGGGGUGGAAAAGGAGGGAAUCGAACUAUGAGUGAAAAAAUGGAGCAAAUGACUUCACCUACAGACAUCUUGGACUGGAUGAGUGGAAAAGACCCUGGACAUGAGAUCGAAUCACUAGUGCUGGACACUUCAGAUGCAAUGGCUCCUGCCUCUUGCAAGAAAACCCCUCCAAAACCCAUCCUCCCACGGUGCCGGAUCUGCACUGACGAGGCAUCCGGUAUUCACUACGGCGUGACAUCGUGUGAAGGAUGCAAAGGAUUCUUCAGACGUUGCAUCGGCAACAAAACGUUAAUCGUUCAGUGCCAGAAAGAAGGGGACUGCGACAUUGACAAGACCAGCCGAGGGCGCUGUGCGCACUGCCGCUACCAAAAAUGCCUUGCGGUCGGCAUGUCCGUUCACUCUGUCAGGGUAGGCCGAUAUUCCAAGAAACAGAAAGCGAGGAACUUGGCAGAGAUCCAAAGCCUGUCGACCAACGAGAAGAUCCGAGAGCGCGAGCAGAAGGACCGAGAGAUGUACGCCCUUAUUCAGAAGCUAGUCCACGCCUAUGAGGGGACGUGCUUCACGAACAACACCCAUGCACACCUGAAAUUGAAGCAGUCAUCAUUGGAGAGUGACGUAGACAUGAUUCAGGGUGAUCUGUCCUUGCUCGCGGCCCAGGAAUAUGCUCUCCUGGCACCUCAACCAAUCGUAGACCCCGAAGCUAUUUAUGCCCAGAUCUGUGCCGUCCGAUCAUUCCUGACGGACGUGAUCACGCCCUCGGUGGUCAACGUUGUCCAGUUCAGCAAGAACCUGCCAGGCUUUUGCGAUCUUUCACAGGGUGACCAAAUGACCCUCCUCAAAGCUGGUUUCUUUGAGAUUUGGCUCAUCCGCACCGCCCCUUUCCUCACACUCAUCGACGAGGACACCCUCAGCUUUGGCGGGCCCAAGGGCUGCGACGAGCAGUACACCUUCCGACUGUCCAACCUCCAGGGCUUGGGGCAAGAGGAGCAUUUCUGGGAGACGCUCUUCGACUUUGUCCGCAACUUCAACGCUCUGGAUUUGAUCAAAGAGGAACUGGCAAUAUUUACGUCUAUUGUCAUCCUCUGCAGCGAUCGUUAUGGACUAGAAGACAGCGCCCGUGUGGAACAGCUGCAGGGAGAACUUGUCGCGGUCUUGAAGCGCGAAGUCACCCGGCGGGACUGGAAGAACAAACAGCUGUUUGCACGGCUACUGAUGCAGGUCACGUCAGUCCGCGUCGUCUCCAUGCUGUUCAACAAGUGCGCGAACAACUUCCGACGCGCGUGGCCCCACCUCGAAAUCCCGGCCCUUUUAGCGGAAAUCCUCGACUACGAGUACUAAUGCUAAAAUCUUAUCACGCACAGAUGUUUCUUUCUCAACUUUUUUGGGAUUAUCUUUCCUUCAUUUUGCAAAGAAAUUUUUUUUUUCGGGAGUGAUUAUGUACAGAGUUUCUUUUUGAUUACAAAAAAGUGUGUGUUUUUGAGUGAAAAAAAAGGAGGAUAUUUUUUGAGAAUUUAUUUCAAAUGUGGACCAAGAAAAAUUAAUUUACGUGAUAAUUGUGACUAUAUGUACGUACUUACGACAGAAAUAUUUUGUACCUGAUGAUUAUAUUUGUUCUAAAAUUAACAAACAAAUUGAGGUAUGAUGUACAA